CUAACUGCCACCACUCGCUGCCAAUGGAAGUCAAUGAACUUCCAUUGAUCUCAGUUUCCAUAUUUCAAGAUUGACCUAAGUAAUGUUUUUCUUUCAUUUCUGACCUUUUAAAAAAUAUGUAUUAGCAUUUCUUAAAAAUUUUUUAAAAUUUAUCUUAACUGUUGUUGAAGUACAGUUUUCUGUCCUUUAUUCCCAUCCUAGCCCACCCCCCCCAGUGCUCCCUACCUCCCUCCCAUUUCCUCUCCCCUUAGUUUAUGUCCAUGUGUCCUUUACACUUGUUCCUGUAAACCAUUCCCCUUUUCCCCUGAAAUUCCUUAGGCCUUGGUGUGGGCCCCUGUGUUUCUCACUGGCACCAACAGUGAGGAGACAGCAGAUCUCAGGGCUCAGCUUGCCCACGUGACGGCUAUCCAGUGGUACUAGGUCUUACUCUCCCGUUCUCAUUCCCAGGUUCAGUGAGGGUGCAGGUGUCAGGCUGGGAAGCCACCUUCCCUGUCCUCACUGUAGGCCUUCUGCACCCCCCCUUCCCACUCAGUUAUGCCCUCUGUACCUGUUACCUGUACCUCCAUACCUGUAAAGGAUCCAGCCUAGAUGCCGAGUGUGGUUAAGAUAAAAAUCGGUGUGAAGACCAAGGCAGUGUUGUCCUUGAUAAUCACAGCCUUGGAUGGGGCCGGGACUGGGGCCAUAGUUGUGGCCAUGAUUGGUGCAGCUGCAAGGGAAACACCAGUGUCAGCCUUGUCCAGACCCCAUUUACAAAGAGACACCCCUCAGCCCUGCUGCCCCAGGUGACCCUACAAUGCAGACAGGUUCCACCCCUCUAUGUGUGGCAGCCACUGCGGCAGGUCCUGGGCUUGGAACACAGAGGAGAUGGGCCCUGUCCCCUUGGGCUCCUACAGCUAAUGGGGGAAGCAGGGUCACAACAUACCCAGUCCUUCCUGCUGUGACAGAAGAGGAGGUGACACAUGAGGAAGGAGGUAGAGCAGUCUUCUCAAGAGCUGAUUUUGAGGUGGUAUUGAGGGAUUUGCAGAAAUAAGCAGGUGAGAUAAAGAAGAAAAGUGAGGUGAGAAGAGGAAAGACCACAAGGAGCAGGUCUGGAACAGAACGAGGCCCUCACGUUUGGGAUCAGCAAGAAACCCACAGUGACGCCCCAAGGUUAAGUGCAGGUAGAAGAGACGUGAGGAGGUGAGAAGGGAAAGGAGGGAUGUAAGACACUCCUGUGGCCAUUAUUUAAAACAAAAACCCACUGUGGGCAGAUCAGUCUCUCAAACUACACAGAGACAGUGUCAAUGUCAUUUUGAGAGACCAUAACUUCCCCUCUGCAGUUACCUUUUGUGUCCAGAACUAUGCUCUGAUUAAGCAACUUCCCACACUCUCCAUGUGAGAUAUCAACAAGGAGACUGGUCACAUAUCUGUCAUUCUCCAGUGUCUCCUUUAAUGAUCUACAUCCAGGAUGCAACUCUGUCCAACUUCUGCUCUUCAAGUCAAUACGGAGACACAUCUGUUUAUUGAUGUCAACCCGACAGAACGUGCUAUAGCAUCCAUCGGAUUCCUGCUGACACAUAAUGUGGACCUGCAGGGAGAGAGAAUCUGUCCCCAACCCCCACGGGAAAGAGAUGCUCAUUCUCUUCAAUGUGUUUUCAACAUUAGUUUUAAUGAACAACAGCGGUGUAUGGUCAAAGUAGUCAUGGAUAGAAUGCUAAUUCUUGAAUAUGAUUGUUACAACGACAAUGUCAUAUAUGAGAAACAGGAGGUAAAGACCAGAAAUGUCUCAAAAGAUAUGAAAGAGACACUGAAAGAUGUGGGAGCCAAGAUGAGAAACAGACUAGCUGGCUUAAAAGCCAGCAAAAUAUGCGAAGAUUUUAGCAUCCUGCAGGUGAGGCUGGAGUGUCACAGUGAUGCCAAUGGAAUAUUCAGUGGAUCCUGGGAGUUUCUUUUGGAUGGACAGAGGUUUCUGGUCUUUGACCCGAAGAAUGGAAAGUAUAAAGCAGACAAUUCCAAUGGUGAAAAGAUGGAAAAGUGCCGCGGUGAGUGGGAGGAUGAUGAGGAAGUGAACGAAAUGAAGGAGUUCCUCAAGAAGAUCUUGGGAGACUGCAAAACAUGGCUCCAAGACUUGGACUGGACGAAAGUGCUGGGGACCACAGGUGCACCAGCCACAGCUCCAGGAGCAGCUCGGUCCAAGGCCAUGACCAACAGGCCUGUCACCUCACUCAUCCCUAUGAUCCUCACCUGCUUGAUCACUGGCUGUGUUCUGUUACAGUAACAGGCUGACGAUGCUACCCAGAAGCACCCAUAGUGUGGUCUCCCUCAGUGAUGCUGCCUUUCCAAAACUUCCCAGUCCAGGGACCACCAUCACAUUGUUCAUUGCAUUUGCUAUUGUCCUUUUAGGUGCUGU